AUGCUCUCGAAGCUGAUCGCACUCGCUGGCGUCGAAGAAUCUCACAGACUCCGUCUAAUCCUCGCCUCCACCCUUGCUGCUAUUUCAAUCGCCUACAUGCUCCUCCGCUCCCUCCUCAAACCCAAGAACAAGUUUGACGUCGACGGAAAGCAAUGCGUUGUAACCGGCGGCUCUCAGGGAAUGGGUCUUGAGAUGGCAAUUGGUCUUGCUGAACGUGGUGCAGACGUCUGUAUCAUCGCCCGCACCCAGUCUAAGCUUGAAGCUGCCAUCCCACUCAUCGAGGCUGCUCGUCUUCGUCCUACGCAAUCCAUUACGGCACUGUCCGUCGACGUGACCGACCCUGAAGCAAUCUACAACGCUUUGAGCGGCCUGCCUAGGUUGGAUACCGUCAUCUGCUGUGCCGGCGGAGCCCACCCCGGUUUCUUCGUCGACCUCCCGAUCAGUGUCCUCAAGCAAGGUGUCGAAACAAACUACCUUUCCGCACUCUACACAACCCACGCCGCUCUCCGCCUCAUGACAUCCUCCACCUCCACCUCCCCUGCCGGCCCUAAACACGUCUUGAUCACCUCCUCUGUUCUCGCCUUCCUUGGUAUGUCUGGAUACAGUGCCUACUCUCCCCUCAAAGCCGCGUUGAGGAACUUGGCAGACACGCUUCGUCAAGAAAUGUUGUUAUACCCAGAAAUCAACGUCCACGUUGCAUUCCCCGCAACGAUCUACAGCCCCGGCUUCGAGCACGAGCAAUCCCUCAAACCAGCCCUGACCCGCACCCUCGAAGGCGCAGAUGAGGGUCAAACCCCCGCACAGGUUGCUGACGCGGUCUUGAAGGGUCUGGAUCGUGGAGAGUUCAUGAUUAACACGGAGUUUUUGGGGCGGAUUAUGAAAGGCGGCAUGAGUAGUCAUUCGCCGAAGAAUGGACUGAUUGGGUUCAGGGAAUGGUUGUUUAGUUGUUUGGCAAUGGUUGUGUGGCCGGUUGUCAAUUGGGAUUGGGAUCGUACUGUCAAGAAGUAUCAGGUGGAGCAUGAGAAGAGGCACGAGCAGACGUCGGAGUGA